AUGGUUCCAGAAACGUACAAUUCUGCAAUGAAAAACUUACUGGUGUCAUGCUACCGAGGUUAUGCAACCGGCAAGAAUUUGUGUUCUCUGCUGCAUGCAGCGAAAGAUUUGCGUUUCGAAGAAAGGCAGAUACCGAAGCCCAAAGAUGAUCAGCUGCUAAUCAAGCUUGAUACAGUCGGAAUCUGUGGCACUGACAUGCAUCUUUAUCGUACUGGAAGUAUUGCCGGUUUGGCUAUUCAAAAACCUCAUAUUUUGGGUCACGAAGGAGCUGGUAUUGUUGCUGGGUUAGGAAAGAAUGUCAAAAACUUUAGUGUCGCUAGUCUUCCAGGAGACCGCGUCGCAUUAGAACCUGGCGUGUCAUGUCGCAAGUGUACUUACUGCAAAUCUGGUCGCUAUCAUUUGUGCCAAAAUCAGGCUUUCACUGGUUUGCCACCAAAUAAUGGACUGUUCCUGCAGUACAUUGCCCAUGAUGCUGACUUUUGUUACAAAUUACCUGACAAUAUGACGAUGGAAGAAGGAAGCCUUCUUGAACCGCUCUCCGUUGGCAUUCAUGCAGUUACCAGAGCAGGUGUUACAGCUGGUAGCAAAGUGUUGGUACUCGGAGCAGGUCCUAUCGGGGUAAUGUCAAUGCUAGCCUCAAAGGCUUUCGGCGCAAGUUCGGUGGUAAUUACCGACAUAUCUGAGAGUCGACUUGCUGUUGCUAGAUCAGCAGGCGCUGAUUUGACAAUCAAUGUAGCCGAGAAAUCAGAAAGUGAUGUAAUUGCAAGUAUGAGAAAUAAAUUGGGAGAACUUCCUGAUAUGUCCGUGGAAACAGUUGGAUGCCAAGCAACUUUUGAUUUGUCUAUUAAGGGUAUCAAGAACGGUGGAGCAGUAGUAAUUUUAUCCUUGGCAGCGGAUUAUCUAAAAAUUCCAAUGUCAGAUAUUGUUAUGCGAGAAAUCGACUUACGUGGUGCUAUAAAAUAUGCAAACACAUGGCCGCUGUCGAUCAAACUUAUAAGCGCAGGGAAAAUCAAACUAGACAAAAUAACAAAGGCCCACUUUAAUCUCAUGCAAAUUGAAGAAGCAUUUAAGAAGUCUCAAACUGCUGAUGUACUUAAAGUAUUAGUGAAGUGUAAUUCUAAAAGCUGA